AUGGGAAGAAAAAAGGACAUAGUGCGUAAAUACUUUGAACAAGUCAUAUCUAACGAUAAACGUCAGUCAUGCAAGUUUUGUCAUAAAGAGUAUAAUAUGAAUGUGAAUAAAAUGAAAGCACAUUUACUUAAAUGUUCAAAUUGCCCACAACAAAUAAAAAAAAAAUUUUAUUCAAAUACAACUUCUAAUGUAACUGAAGAUCAAAUACAAACAGUUGAUGAAUAUGAUGCUCAUUUAGUUGUCAAUUCGCACAAGUCUUUAACCAUCAACAAAUUUUUUGAUCACAUGAAUAAAUCAGAGAAUGUACGUUUGAAUGAAAAACUUGCUUUGGCCAUCAUCGUCAGUGGAUCUCCAUUAUCAAUGACUGAGCACCCACUUUGGAUUGACUUUUUUAAGCAAAUUCGACCAACCUUUAAACUACCUUGUCGAAAAUCUAUAUCUACAGUUUAUGUGGAUAAAGUGUAUGCUGAAAUGCAGAGUAGUAUUACUUAUGAUCUUCUUGAGGCAAAUGAUUUGCAUAUUCAACUGGAUGGAUGGACCAAUAUAAAUAAUGAUGGCAUAAUAAACUUUGUUAUUUGUAAACCAGAACCAUUGUUUUUCAAAUUUCUAAACACCAAAGAUAACCGUCAUACUGCUGAAUAUUUAAAAAACCAAAUUGUUGAAAUAAUUGAAACAUAUGGUAAGGAAAAAUUUUUUGUCAUUAUAGGGGAUAAUGCUGCUAAUGUUAAGAAAUCAUUUGAACUGGUAAAAAAUGUGUAUAAAGGGAUUCAAACUCUUGGAUGUGCAGCCCAUGGUUUACAUCUCUUAUGUUCUGAUAUUUUUAAAGUAGAUUCAGUUAGUGAAUUCUUGAAACAAAACUCUAGUAUUGUUAGUUCUAUAAAAAGAUCACAAUUAUUAUCUUCUGUCUUCAAAAAACACCAACAAAUUAAAGGCAUUAAUGUUCAGUUGAAAUUGCCUGUCAAAACCCGUUGGGGGAGCUUUCUAUUUUGUUUGGAAAGUUUGAUGAAAAAUAAAAGUGUUUUACAGGCCAUGGCAGUCGAUGACACUAUUCCAAUUUCAUUAUUAAAACCUAUCAAAUUGACAUUACUUGAUGAUUCUAAAUUUUGGGAAAAUGUUUUGAAAAUGAUAAAUUUACUAACCCCAAUAGUAAAUGCAAUUACAGUCUCAGUUUUAAAUCAUAAUCUUAUCCAUAGAGUUAGAAGCCUGUUAAAUGAUGUGGAGAAAAAAGUUGAAGAAUGCUUUUCGUCUUCAAUCACAAAUUCUCUUUUUUCUAUUACCGAGGAACUGAAAAUAAUAAAUAAUGUUGCAAAAAGAAAAAUCUUUAUUCUUGGAAAAAUUCAUUUAGCUGCUGAAUUGCUGGACCCUAAAUCACAAGGACUAAAAUUAAAUGCAGAUGAACGUGUUGAUGCUUUAGAAUUUAUAUAUAAUUUAGGAGUUGAAAUGAAAAUAGAUAUAAUGAAUGAUCUCUCAGAUCAUCAAUCAAAGCAAGGAUAUUUUGCUAAAAAAUUUAUUUGGGAAAAUUCUUUGAUUACUGAUCCAGUAAAGUGGUGGAAAUUCUUAGAUAACAUAUCCCCAUUAUCUAAAGUUGCAGUAAGAAUAUUAACUGCUCCUUGUACUUCUGCUGCUACUGAACGAACAUUCAGCACUUUUUCUUGGAUACAUAGCAAAAAAAGAAAUAGAUUAACUACAGAGAGAGCUGGGAAAUUGACAUACUUAUCUUACAAUUGGAAGCUAAAAAAUAAAAAAAGUGAAAUUUCCAAAAAUACAGAAGCAAAUAAUUGUGAAGAAUCUUCUGUAGAUGUAGUUAUACAAGAAAUACAAAGUUCAUCAAGUUCUUUUAACUCUGAAAAAAAUGAUGAAAAUAUGAUUAUCUCAAAAAGUGAUUCAGACAGUGAUUGUGAUUCAGAUUCAGAAACAUCUAUUUUAUAUAAUGAUACCAGUAGUGAUGAAAACUCAGUUUCAUGUUCAGAAAAGGAAGAUGAGGAUAAUUAUUAA